AUGUGCAUGUCCACUCCUUACCCUUCCGUUUGCCGGUCCAACCUGCCGAGCAACGAAACUGGCGACAAGAUGUAUCUCAUGAUGAUCGGAGACGGCAUCAACCAGACGGUGAUCACUGGCAACCGAAGUGUAGCCGAUGGGUGGACCACGUUCAACUCCGCAACAUUCGCUGUGGUGGCACCGAAUUUCGUGGCAGUAAACAUAACCUUUCAAAACACGGCCGGUCCGGCGAAGAGCCAGGCCGUAGCCGUCCGUAGUGGAGCUGACCUAUCGGUGUUCUACAGCUGCAGCUUUGAGGCGUAUCAAGACACUCUUUACACGCACUCUAUGAGGCAGUUUUAUCGAGAAUGCGAUGUCUACGGCACGGUUGACUUCAUCUUUGGCAACGCGGCCGUCGUCUUCCAAAACUGCAACCUCUACCCUCGCCUCCCAUUGAGCGGCCAAUCCAACAUGAUCACUGCCCAAGGCCGAACCGACGUGAACCAGAACACGGGCACAUCCAUUCACAACUGCACCAUCAGGGCGGCCGACGACCUGGCCUCAAGCAAUACCUCUGUGCAAACGUAUCUAGGGAGGCCGUGGAAGCAAUAUUCGAGGACAGUGUACAUGCAAAGCUUCAUGGAUAGUUUGAUAAAUCCUGCCGGGUGGCAAAUUUGGAGUGGGGACUUCGCUCUGAGCACUCUAUAUUAUGCGGAGUACAAUAAUACUGGGCCCGGAUCAAACACCACGAACCGGGUUACGUGGCCCGGGUACCACGUGAUCAACGCCACGGACGCAGCCAACUUCACGGUGUCGAGCUUCUUGCUCGGGGACGCUUGGUUGCCUCAAACGGGCGUACCUUAUACGGGCGGGCUGAUAUAA